UGGACGAGUCCUGAAUAACUGCCAAAUCGCUCUCCGUGGUGCUAACGUAAAAAAAUAACGCCACUUUAAAAUUGCUAUGGUUUUCACCCCUGAUGAUGGUUGCUUGUGUUGCAGUCGAUACGUCGUGAGAAUUUUAUUGUUUUAUAUUUUUUAAUUUAUUGUUUCCCGUCUACGUGACUUUACCGAAAGAACCAAGAAUAUGAAUCCCUGCAGUCACGAAAGCUUUAAAUAAAAAUUCAAUUGGUUCUUUGUUUUGUUUUGCUCCGACAAAGAAAUGGGCCUUCAUGUCACGAGCCUUUUUUUUGCAUACGUGUCAGUGUGUGUUUUCACUCUGCUAAUGCAUCCACACAUACAUAGCUCAAGGGUUUAAUUGACCAGGAAUACCUGCGUGGCCGUGCUUGUGACCUGUUUACGUAAGCCCCUUUUUGUUUUAUCAGCAAAGGUUUACCCAGCAUUGACUGUUGCAGCACAGCCUGAGCUCGAGUUGGUAGUUGGUACACUUAAUAUCUCGUGCAGCUAGUUCAGUCUCAUUUAUUUGUGCGAUUCCUGAGUUCACAAGCUGAAGGUGUGCGCCUCACGUGGUGAUUGUUCUCACCGGAAAGAUACACUUCCAAACAGAGGCUUCUCUUUUCGUAUCUUUGCGUGGUGGAUGUCUUGACACGCGUGGGACCUUGUUCAGCCCGGUGCUGCGUUAAAAAAAAGCGCACGGCGUGCCCACGCGCGAAUAGCGUCAAUCUCGCCCGAAGGAACUCGACACAAGACAAACCCCGAGCUCGCGAGUAGCGAUGGCGUUCGACGACAUCGUGGCCGUGAACUGCAACGGGAGUGGUGGGGACGACGUGCGCGACCCGAACGCCACCUUCUCGGUGUACCUGUACUUCAAGGCGGACACGGACGCGAGCGCCGUGGCAAUGUACGUGUACUGCGUGUCGUGCUUCGUGCUUUCGCUCGUCCUCAACUGCCUGCUCGUCGCCACCGUGGCUCUGAGCCCGAAACUGCACAGCCCCAUGUACAUCCACUUCCUCUACCUCUCCGUGCUCAACCUCCUGGCGUCCGUCUCGGGUCUCGUGUUCGUCCUCAGCGCAAGCGCCGGGCGGAUGCGCAGGAUCGGCGUCGCCAGCUGCCUCGCCCAGUCGUUCUUCGUCUACUUCACCACCUUCAGCGAGGUGCUCGCCCUGGGUCUCAUGGCCCUCGACCGCUACAUCGCCGUGUGCCUGCCCCUGCGCUACCCGGCGCUCGUCACGAACCACCUCACCGAGAAGGCGGCGUGCGGCGCCCUGGUCGUGUGCCUCUCCUCGGCCCUCCUCGUCACGCUGUUGUCGUCGAGGGAAAAUCUCUGCGCCGACACGCUCAUGGGCGGCGUCUACUGCGACGUGGUGGCGCUCUCCAGGUUCACGUGCCCUCGCACCAAGGCCACCGAGAUCGCCGUGGCCGUUGUCUCCUCCGCGCUGCUCCUGCCGGCCAUCGGGUGCAUGGCCUUCUCGUACGUGCAGAUCCUGCGCGUGCUUUGCGCGCCCGGGUACGGGGAGAGUCGCUCCAAAGCCAUACGCACGUGCACCACCCAGGUGAUGGUGUUCCUGCUCUUCUACUGCACGUGGAGUUUGGCAGGAAUCGCUCCGUUCCUUGACCCGUGCUUUGACCCCCCGUUCGUCCACAACCUGCAGGUAACGGCACAGAUCCUGUUCGUCACGCUGCCCCCAGUCCUGGACCCUCUCGUAUACGGACUCAGGACCAAAGAGGUGCGGGUUGCGGUAUCCAGACUUAUCGUACGCUACGGGCAGUACCUCUUCCCGCAGGACAGGAUGCUGCCCCGAGUAGCCACCGUCACGUUGUCAAACGCGCCAUAAUGGAGUCUUGGCGGGGCCGCCUUUGCAUUUCUCCAGAGGCCACGGCUGGGCUCUCCGUGUCGGUGCAGGGGGGAGCCGCAGUUGCUUUGCUACGCGACAUUGUCACUCCAAGGACCCACUUGGGAAAACUGCACGUGCAGUGCUGAUGACUCGUUGAAGGAAGGAGACUUCAUCGUCUUUGGGAUGCGAUGUCGGAGCCUGGAGCCCUGGAGGUGUGAAGCAGGAGGUGUUUAAAUGAGCUGUCUUUUUCUGUCGGAAACAUGGUGGCGAGAUGUUAACUACCUCGCCUGGUAUACAUGAGUUUGUGGCUUAGAUCCCGACCCUGACGU